AUGGCAGGUUCAUGGUUUCCAACGGGGAAAGAAGUUCGUGAUGGAUGGAGGUUAGACAUCGUAUCGCUUCUCGCCGUCAUAGGCGAAUCCGCCAUGGCCGAACACUCCCAAUCCAUGACCUCCUCCUGGAUGUGUAUGCUCCCUCGAAUUAUUCCCGCACCACAAGUCCUCCUUAAAUCUUCUCGUCCCUCACGAAUGCCACAAGUCAACGCUGCUGUGGUCGGUGUACAUAGCGGGAUUUCCAUACCAACCCUCAACUUCUUUCCAAAUAUUAUACAUCCGAUAGAGAACCUCGAACCUUUCCAGUUCAAGGUCUUUGAAAUCAAACACAGGAACGCUCCGAGGGAAUUGCCGACCCCGCUCAUAUCUACAAAUAAGGAGAGGCAGGUUUCGGCUUCAAGUAGUGUUGAUACUGCACAGUUGGAAAGCGGACGAAAGCUUCAAGCUCGACGUAGAAAUACCCUCGCAAAGAUCACCCAUCGUGGGACCAGUCUAGAUGGAUUGAAACCUCACGUACCAGCCAAAUUUUGGUCACCUCUAAAUUGUCUAUCCCUUGUAUCGUUUUUCCUGACCAUCGGUCUCUUCAUAUGGGCGGUAGUGACUCAUGACGGAACUGCCUGCGUCGCACUCUUCACUAUAUCUCUCGCAUCAUCCAUCGUCGGCUAUGCAUCGUACUGGUCACCCGUCCUUAUGAAUCGCAAUUUCAAAAGCAAAGUUCCCCAAGGCGAUGUCGUAAUCCGUACUAGGGAAGGAGCAUUUAUCGUCGUCAGAUGUGAUGAGGAUGUUGCCCGGGAAUUAUACUCUGGUACCGAAGAAUGUCGCUACUACGUUUCUACUGAUCCUUACCGAAUACUCGUCGGCUUUGGCACCUUCCUACUCAUGGUUUCUGUUGUGUUACUGGGCAACUGUGAUUUCCAAAUGCAAAUUUCCAUUGGUGUAUCUUAUAUAGUUCUCAACGGCGCGUUCUGGGGGGUAGCUCUAAUGAACAAAGGAAAAUUCUGGGAUCUUUCGAGCUACGACUGGAAAGACGUCACACCUGAAUCAGCACGGGAAGCACAUUUAGCUCAGGACGACACCGAUGUUGAAGGAAAGCCUUCGUUCACUAGAACCUUAUGGUAUGCCAUCAGAGAAACGAAGAAAAUAGGAUGGGUAGAAACCAGUGGGGCGGCGCCCAAGACAAAGAAAUGGCAGCAGUGGUUGGAAAAAGCGGAAACAGCGGCAAAUGAUGGAAAUGAGAGAUGGGACGCGGUUCGUCAGAAGGAUACCACGGUGGGUGAAUCGGACUCGGUGCCACAGGCUGAAGCGGCUUUCAAAGAUACUGCGGCCGAACAUGCUCCUGCGAUUCAGGUUCCGGUGCCAGAUAGGGUUGAUACGGAAUGA